AAACACCCAAAAAUGACAAUCGACAUUCGACACCGAAAAGCGAAACUUAAAGCCAAGACAAAUCUCCAAGCAAAUGAUUGGGAAUCUCUAAUGAACAAAAAUACUGAUCUUAACUAAGGUCGACGAAGACAAACACGACAAGUUCUUCUUCAAUUGAUUCGCCAAACCUAAACCUAGUGAUUUCCCAAAUUCCACGGAAUCAAUUUCAGUUGAAGUUUCCAAUUAAUUUCUUUAUCUGAACAGAUCAAUUUCAAAAUCAGAUUCUUGGUAUCUGAUCUUCAUACUAUGGGAUUGGAUUUGAAAUACUGAUUAUUUUGAAAUUCAAAUUACAACCUAAAAGUAUAUCGAAAUUGUUAGAGAAAGUUGUUGAAGAUUGAAGAUUCAAAAUUGAAUUAUUUGGUAUGAGCAUGAAUCACCAUCUACACCGCCCUAAAAUGGUUUCAACAUCAUCUUCAGUCUCAUCUUUCUUAAGAAUCGGAAGGAAUUCCAUGGUGAAACAAACCAUUUUCACCAUUUCCUUACUCUUACUUCUUUACUUGUUGGUCAACACUUUCUUUAUUUCUCCCCUUUCCCUCAACUCUUCUUCAUUUCAUUCAAAGCCCUAUAAUUAUGAAUCCAAUAAGGUGAAGAUCUACAUCUACAAUUUACCUAGGAAGUUCACUUAUGGAGUUAUUGAGAGUUAUGCUUUGGCUAGAGGAGGGAUUAAGGGGCCUGUUUCUGAUGAUUCCCAGCUCAAGUACCCUGGUCAUCAACACAUGGCUGAAUGGUCUUUAUUUUCCGAUUUGUUGAAACUCCAGAAAGACCGAUUUGAUUCUGCUGUUAUUAGGGUUGAUGAUCCGGAUGAAGCGGAUUUGUUUUAUGUACCCUUUUUUUCGUCUUUGAGUUUGGUGGUCAAUCCAGUUAGGGCUAAUGUUAAUUCUGGCAAUGGGGCUGUUUCUGCUAUGUAUAGUGAUGAGAAGAUGCAGGAGGAACUGAUUGAUUGGUUGGAAAAUCAAGUGUAUUGGAAGAGGAAUAAUGGAUGGGAUCAUGUUUUUGUAUGCCAAGAUCCUAAUGCUUUGUAUAAAGUUAUUGAUAGGAUUAAGAAUGGGAUUCUGCUUGUUUCUGAUUUUGGCAGGCUCAGGCCUGAUCAAGCUUCUCUUGUUAAGGAUAUCAUUGUGCCUUAUUCUCAUAGAAUUAAUCCUUAUAAGGGUGAUGUAGGGAUCGAGAAUCGCAAUACUUUGUUGUUCUUCAUGGGAAACCGGUAUAGGAAAGAGGGUGGAAAAAUUCGUGACAUGCUGUUUGAAGUUCUCGAGAACGAAAAAGAUGUUAUCAUAAAACAAGGUACACAGUCUAGGGAGAAUCGACGUGCAGCCACUCAAGGAAUGCACACAUCAAAAUUCUGUUUGCAUCCAGCUGGUGAUACGCCAUCCGCAUGUCGACUCUUUGAUGCCAUUGUAAGCUUGUGUAUUCCAGUAAUAAUCAGUGACAACAUUGAAUUGCCUUUUGAAGAUGUCAUAGACUACAAGAAAGUUGCAAUUUUCGUAGAUACAACUUCAUCAGUGAAGCAUGGCUUCCUAAUUAAUUUGCUUAGGGCUGUUUCUGAAGAUAGAAUUCUGGAAUAUCAGCAGAAGAUAAAGAAGGUGAAGCAUUAUUUCGAGUAUGACGAUCCUCUUGGAACUGUUAAUGAAAUAUGGCGCCAAGUUAGUUUGAAGGUUCCUUUGGUGAAGUUGAUGAUCAACCGUGACAAACGGCUUGUAAGAAGGGAGCUAUCUCAACCUGACUGCUCUUGCAUUUGUUCAAACCAGACAGACGUCUUUUCCAGUUUGUAGUUCAUUGUUCAGUUUUUCAUGUGAGCUGUCUCGCCUUGGCUGGAAACUCCGUCGUUCGUGGGAGUCACCAAGCGGAAAAGAUAGCAGAUCAACAUUUUCCAUCCAAGCAGAGAGAUUGGCUGGCACACUGCGAAUUGUAUAAUUGACUGUGAUUCGUCAAGUUGGGUUCUUCGACAUGCAAAUAAAAAUAUACGGCAGUGUUAUGCACCCUGUGGUUUGUGCAACCAUCCAAGCAGUAGGGUACAAAUGAGUAUAUUAUCACGCAUACUAUGACUCGAACAAUAUUCACGAUGCGUUUAUGACACAUUUUGUUUCAUUUUUUAGAUUCCCUCCAAACUCAAUUUAUGUAGUUCUACAUCAAGGCACAAUCCAAGUCUUAAUCCUUUUGCUGUGUAUUAGAGCAAUGUGUAAUGUAUUUCAAUAUUUCUAAGACUCAUGUUCGUAAAGGCCAUCGGCAUUAGCGAAGGUCACUGGUACCAAAGAGGCAAUUAAAAAUGGCACCUAUAUAACCCCUCCCAAUUCGUUUAUC